GCCUAUCUCCCUGGGACCUGGGCCCUGCUCUGUGAGGAGGGUCAGCCCAGGUCCCCAUUCCCGCCCCCAGGCUCCCACUCUCUGAUGUAUUUCUCCACUGCGAUGACCCGGCAUGGCCCCGGGGAGCCCCUCUUCAACACGGUGGGCUACGUGGACGACACGCAGUUCGGGUGGUUCGACAGCGACUCUCAGGGUCAGAGUGUGGAGCUGCUGGCGCCCUGGGCGGGGCAGGUCAGGCAGGAGGCUCUGGACGAGGAGACCAGGAACCAGAGGAACGAGGCUCAGUGGUUCAAAGCGCUGCUGCAGGACCUGCGGGGCCUCUACAACCAGAGCGACAAUGAUCCCCCAAACACACACUUGACCCACCAUAUCAUCUCUAACAAGAAUGUCACCCUGAAAUGCUGGGCCCUCGGUUUCUACCCUGCGGGCAUCACCCUGACCUGGCAGCGAGAUGGGGAGACCCUGGCCAAGAACGUGGAGCUGGUAGACACCAGGCCUGGGGGCAAUGGAACCUUCCAGAAGUGGGCAGCUGUGGUGGUGCCUUCUGGAGAGGAGCAGAGAUACACGUGCCAUGUGCAGCAUGAGGGGCUGCCGGAGCCCCGAGUCCUGAGAUGGGAGCCCCCUCCUCAGUCCUCCACCCCCACCGGGGGCCUCAUCGCUGGCCUGGUUCUCCUUGGAGCUGUGCUCACUGGGGCUGCGGUGGCUGCAGCUGUGAUGUGGAGGAAGAAGCGCUCAGGUACGGAGGGAUCCUGA